CUCUUCCGGGGUUUCUGCCUGAGCUGCCACAUAAGAACCCCUGGUUCCCCGGACGUGGGGGGUGCAACUGUCAGUCAGCGUUGUUAGUUGCCAUUUCUCCAGUGCUGGUCUCGCAGCAGACUGUCUCGCAUCAUGAGUUUGCAGAACUGGGUGCAUCAAACCAAUCUCGCGGUGGCUCGCAGCCCCGUGGGGAGAUGGUUCCGAUUGGAAAACUCGGGCCAUCCCAAGGAACGCAAGGGUAGUUUCUUCUUCACCGAGCUGCGCGCCGGUCUCGCCACCUUCUUCGCCAUGGCGUACAUCAUCAGCGUGAACGCCACCAUCACCUCGGAAUCCGGCGGGCCCUGCGUGUGUCCUGCGGACAGCAUGUCCGAUCUUUGCGCAACCAACACGGAAUACCUCUUGUGCGUGGAAGAAGUCAACCGGGACGUGGUUACGGCGACCGCUGCCAUCUCCGCGCUGUCAACCUUUUGCAUGGGGCUUUUCGCCAAUCUGCCGGUCGCGCUGGCUCCUGGCAUGGGCCUCAACAGCUAUUUCGCAUAUACAGUCGUGGGAUACCACGGGUCUGGCUUGAUCCCCUACGGAAUCGCUUUGACGGCGGUCUUCGUGGAGGGGUUCGUCUUCUUGGCCUUGACGCUCCUAGGCAUCCGGCAAUGGCUGGCUCGUGCGCUUCCCGCCUCGAUCAAACUGGCCACCGGCACGGGUAUCGGAUUGUAUCUGACGUUGAUCGGCCUGAGUUAUAGUGCGGGUAUCGGCCUAGUGACGGGUGGGACCAGCGUCCCCAUCGACCUGGCAGGAUGCUCCGAAAGUUUGAAGGAUGCGACGACGGGCGCUUGUCCCUCCUAUGCGGUCAUGCGCAGCCCGACCAUGUGGAUUGGGAUCUUCUGCGGCGGUGUGCUCACCGUGGUGCUCAUGAUGUACCGAGUCAAGGGGGCCAUCAUCAUGGGCAUCCUCCUCGUCUCGAUCAUCUCGUGGCCGCGACCCACGGAUGUCACCUAUUUUCCGCAUUCCUCGGUCGGGGACAGCCGGUUCGACUUUUUCAAGCAGGUUGUGACUUUCCAUCCUAUGACGCGCACGCUGGUCGCGCAGGAAUGGAAUAUCAGCGGCCACGGCGCCAAGUUUGGUCUGGCCUUCAUCUCGUUCCUGUAUGUUGAUAUUCUCGACACGACGGGAACGCUGUAUUCGAUGGCCCGCUAUGCCGGCACGAUCGAUCCAGUCACACAGGAUUUCGAGGGCAGUUCUAUUGCUUAUAUGGUGGAUGCCAUUUCAAUCUCGAUCGGGUCUCUGUUUGGUGUGCCGCCCGUCACGGCAUUUGUGGAGAGUGGAGCUGGGAUCUCGGAGGGAGGUAAGACCGGGCUGACUUCGUGUAUGACGGGUCUGUGCUUCUUCAUCUCGGUGUUCUUCUCCCCGAUCUUCGCUUCGAUCCCCCCGUGGGCGACGGGCUGUACGCUGGUCAUUGUGGGGGCGUUGAUGGCACAGGCGGCGACGCAGAUCAACUGGAAGUAUCACGGCGAUGCCAUCCCGGCGUUCUUGACCAUUGCCAUCAUGCCGUUCACGUAUAGUAUCGCGUACGGAUUGAUUGCUGGUAUCUGCAGCUAUAUCACGAUCAACGGAAUCACCUGGGUUCUCGCGAAGGUGACGGGUGGCCGACUGGUGCCGCACAACAUCGACGAGAGUGAGCCAUGGACCUGGCGGAUUCCCGGAGGGCUAUUCCCUCCGUGGUUGCAGCGGGCGGCGAGAGGCAAGAAAGACUUCUGGCGCGAUGACUCUCUGGAUCGGUCGUUUGGUGGAGAGGAGGAGCGGCAAUCGGUGGUGUCAAAGAACUCGCGGGAAGAGGAACCGCGGGAGAAGAAGCAGGUCGAUGUCACGGGACACUCGAUGUAACCCGACCUGGGUGCCUGAGGAUGGAACCGCCUGCAGCCUGAGGCCACAAUAUCAGACCCGGUCAACGUGACUCCGUAACAACAUGGUAGUUACUUUCUGUAUACUCCUUACACAAUUACACAGUAAUAGCAAUAAUUUUCCUGUGGACUCCCUUUUGCUACGACU